AUGCUUCACAGCUUGCUCCUCCAAUCCCCAAUCUCCCCCAAUUCCGCCCCCUCCUCCAUGAAAACCAAGCGCGUCGACCGCGACCUCGCCGGCGACGACGACCCUUCCGCCAAACGCCCCAACUUCUCCGCCGGCGAGCAGAGCGAGCCGGCAGAAGAAGACCCCUCCUCCUCCUCCGCCGCCGCCGCCGUCUCCGUCGUCGAAGGCGGCGAGUCCACCGGCCUCCGCCUUCUGGGUCUCCUCCUCCAAUGCGCGGAGUGCGUCGCCAUGGACAACCUCGACGACGCCACAGAUCUCCUCCCCGAAAUCUCCGAGCUCUCCUCCCCCUUCGGCUCUUCCCCUCAACGCGUCGGCGCGUACUUCGCUCACGCGCUCCAGGCGCGCGUGGUCAGCUCCUGCUUAGGCACCUACAACCCCCUAACCUCCAAGAGCUUGACGAUGACCCAGUCGCAGAAGUUCUUCACCGCCUUCCAGUCCUACAAUUCGAUCUCGCCGCUCAUCAAAUUCUCCCACUUCACCGCCAAUCAGGCCAUCUUCCAGGCCCUGGACGGCGAGGAUCGCGUCCACAUCAUCGACCUCGACAUCAUGCAGGGCCUCCAGUGGCCAGGAUUGUUCCACAUCCUCGCCUCCCGGACCAAAAAAAUCCGGUCGAUGCGGAUCACCGGGUUCGGGUCCUCGGCCGAGCUCCUCGAGUCGACCGGCCGGAGACUCGCCGAUUUCGCGAGCUCCCUGGGGUUGCCGUUCGAGUUCCAGCCGCUGGAAGGGAAGAUCGGGAGCGUGACGGAUCUGAGUCACCUCGGGAUUCGGCCGCGCGAGGCGGUGGUGGUCCACUGGAUGCACCACUGCCUCUACGACAUCACGGGCAGCGACCUGGGGACGCUGCGCGUCCUCAGCCUGCUCCGGCCGAAAUUGGUGACGAUUGUGGAGCAGGAUCUCAGCCACGGCGGGAAUUUCUUGGGGAGGUUCGUGGAGGCGCUGCAUUACUACAGCGCGUUGUUCGACGCGCUGGGGGAUGGGCUGGAUGUGGACAAUCUGGAGCGGCACACGGUGGAGCAGCAGCUGUUCGGAUGCGAGAUCCGGAAUAUUGUCGCCGUCGGCGGGCCGAAGAGGACCGGAGAAGUGAAGGUGGAGCGGUGGGGGGAGGAGUUGAGGAAAGUCGGGUUCCGACCCGUUUCGCUGGGCGGAAACCCGGCCGCACAGGCCAGUUUGUUGCUCGGGAUGUUUCCAUGGAAGGGUUAUACUCUGGUGGAGGAGGAGAACGGGUCGUUGAAGUUGGGGUGGAAGGAUUUGUCGCUGCUGACGGCGUCGGCCUGGGAACCAUCGUCGGAUUGCUGA